GCAGACACAGCGGGAGAGAGAGAGUACAGCCCGUCGGCCUGUUAGUGCUGCGAUCAGAGGAGAGAGGCUCAUCACCAUCACCGAACAACCAGCGGUUUGUUUUUCAGGCCCAGCUGCAGCAUCCAUCAUGACUAAAGAGGAGAACCUGGAGAUGCAGGAGAAGGAGAGGCACGAUCGGGAGGAGCAGGAGGAGGGGAGGGUCCAGAGAGAGGAGGAGGAGGUACUGACCGAGGAGGAGGAGGAGGAAGUGGAGAAAGAGGAGGAAGAAGAGGACGAAGACGAGGGGGAAGACGAGAGGGAGGGAGAGGAAAGGGCGGAGGUGGAGGAUGAGGAUGAGGACGAGCAGGAGGAGGAGCGGGAGGAGAGAGAGGAGCGGGCGGAGGAAGAGGAGGAUCCACUGGCCGGCCAGGAGUGUGAGGCCGAGCAGGAACCCGAGCCGCUGUCAGUGUCUGAGUACCAGAGUCCAGUUCACGAGCCACGCCGCCGAGCCAUGGUGCACCCCUCCGCCCAGGCCCCGCUGCCCAAAGACUACACCUUCACCUUCUUCGACCCCAAUGACCCCGCAUGUUUGGAGAUCCUCAUGGAUCCUCGGACCACCAUCCCGGAGCUGUUCGCCAUCGUGCGUCAGUGGGUUCCCCAGGUGCAGCACAAGAUUGACGUCAUCGGCAACGAGAUCCUGAAGCGCGGUUGCCACGUGAACGACCGCGAUGGUUUGACCGACAUGACGCUGCUUCACUACAGCUGCAAGGCCGGAGCCCAUGGAGUCGGCGACCCGGCGGCCGCGCUGCGUCUCAGCAGCCAGCUGAUCGCUCUGGGCGCCGACGUGAGUCUGAGGAGCCGCUGGACCAACAUGAACGCCCUGCACUACGCCGCUUACUUUGACGUCCCAGAACUGAUCCGAGUGCUGCUCAAAGCCAGUAAACCCAGAGUGUUGAACUCCACAUGUAGUGAUUUCCACUACGGUACAGCUCUCCACAUCGCUGCCUCCAACCUCUGUCUGGGUGCCGUCAAAUGUCUGCUGGAGCACGGAGCCAACCCCACCGUCCGGAAUGAUAAGGGCCUGGUUCCAGCGGACGUGGUUCCUGACCCGAUGGACAUGAGUCUGGACAAGGCGGAGGCCGCCAUGGUGGCCAAAGAGCUGAAGCACUUGCUGCUGGACUCCCUCCCACUGAGCUGUAACCUCCCCAGAGCCACGCUGCCCAACUAUGACAACAUCCCCGGAAACCUGAUGCUGUCCUCGCUGGGGCUGAAGCUGGGAGAGCGCGUGCAGCUGGACGACAUGAAGCUCCAGAGAGACCAGAGCAGAGACGACAGCCCGACUCCAAACCUCAAACAGACCGGCACUCUGAGGUUUUGUGGCACGACAGAGUUCGCCAGCGGUCAGUGGGUCGGCGUGGAGCUCGACGAGCCGGAGGGAAAAAACGAUGGCAGCGUGGGCGGCGUCCGCUACUUCGUCUGCCCUCCUAAACUUGGGAUUUUUGCCCCCGUGUCAAAGAUUUCCAAACCCGUGGAUCAGACACCUUCAUCCGUCACCUCCACCCCGCGAACCCCCCGCAUAGACCUGGCCUCCCGCCUCGCCGGAAAGACCAAGAAAGAGAAAGAGAAGAAGGAGAAGGAAAGAGAGAGAGCCCAGAGGAAGAAGACGUCAGCAGCCAGUCUGGAUCCAGAGGGACUGAACGUGGAAGUCGGAGAUCAGGUUCUGGUGGCUGGACAGAAAAACGGCAUCGUUCGCUUCUACGGCAAAACAGACUUCGCUCCAGGUUACUGGUUUGGUAUCGAGUUGGAUCAGCCGACAGGAAAACACGACGGCUCGGUGUUUGGAGUCCGCUACUUCAGCUGCCUGCCCAAAUACGGAGUGUUUGCUCCGCCCUCCCGCGUCCAGAGAAUCGGAGGCCCUAAAGACGGAUCACAGAAUGACAAAUCCAUGGUGAAGAAAGUCCACCAAGUCACCAUGUCACAGCCCAAGCGUAACUUCAACACGAUGCGUUCUCCUAAAGACCUGACCUCCGAGAGCUCCAUAUCCAGGUUGCUGUUCUGCUGCUGGUUUCCGUGGAUGCUGCGUGCUGAGAUGCAGUCCUAACCGGGCCUCUACUACUCCUCCUCCACCAGAUCGAUCUCUCCGCUCUUCUGUCUCUUCAUCUUUUACUUUUGCUUUCUUCUCUCUUGGCCUGAUAAAUCUUUCAUUCUCGUCAGUCAAACUUCUCGUAGUGAAACCCCGUCCCUCUUACUCUGAGCCCAAAUCCCUCUAAUUUAGCCGUUCUAUAGCAAAAUCUAUAGUGCCUUGUAUCUGAUCAAAACGUCCUGCAUUCCUUUAAUGAAACUGAGAAUCCUGCUCUGCUAAAGCAAUUCCCCCUAAAAUAUUCUCUUCACCCCUUUCCAGGUCUUUUGUUUCACCAAGUUCUCAUUUCUUUGUCCCAGCUGGGUAUUUGUCCAUGUUGUAUUUUUAUUUUGGGGCAGAAAAACCUGCUGUUUCUCUGAGGACAGCAAAAACCACAGAACGUUAGUUUGUGCUGCUACAUGUUUUGCUUUUGCUGCUACUCGAUUUGGGUCGCGCCGAAUUUAGAAACGAACGUUAAGGUUGGCUGCCGUGACAGAGAGAGCCAGUGGAAGUGUCAGUGUCCAAACACAACGAUGUGUGAAUUUGAUUCUGCACUUCCAGAGAAAAUGUAUCGGGUACCAAGUUCUUUGUAGUGAUGGACCCAGAUCUGGCAGCCGCUUCUUCACCACUAAUCAGAGACCAAGAACUUUUACAUUUAACAUGUACGUUGACAAUUCUCAUCUCUUAAAGCAGUACAGUACUGAUCCCGCUGAGUUGGCGUUGACGGUCUGGGUGACAUCAGAUAAUUCAUUUGUAAUUCAAAAACAGGGAAAAAUGUUUUUGGUGUCAGAAUCAAAAAUUGCAAAACCAGUCAAAAACGGUAAAUGUUGGGGUUUUGGCAAGGCCUUUUAUCAUUAAAGUCACGCGGUCUAUUCCUUAUAUUGUUUCCAAACCAAAAACAAGCGGUGGACAGGCAGGAAGCGGAAGUGACGUGUAAAACAAAUUCAGAAUAAAAAGUAGGACCAUGUAGCAAGUUUAUUAUAAAACUAAACUUAAAACUAAAACUAAAAACAU